AUGACCCACCACCGCCCUUCAAAACCACAUAAACUCCUACUCUCUCCCCUCUUCAUUCUAUUACUACCAACCUUGACACAUGCCCAAAUAUCUAGCUAUUUCCCACCAUAUCUAAAAUCCUGCAUCGACCGUUGCCAACCUCUCUGGAGUGCAAAUUACGACUGCACACUCUCCGGUCAAUCCAGUCUCGACUGUCUUUGUCAAUCAUCAUGGGUGGAGCAAUUUUACGAAGGCAGUACUUGUACCUGCACGUCCGACUUUGAGUCCCAGGAGUUUAGGAAUUGGUUUCAGGGAACCGGCGGUUGUAAUGUUUAUGUUGAGGCGAGGAUAAGAAGUAGUGAGACUUCAGUUCCGACAUCUACGGUUGAAUCUAGCAGUAGCAGUAGUACAGAGGAAGAAACUACGACAACGUCGGAAAGCACAUCGAGGAGGACAACCAGUAGUGUUGAAAGUACAACUACAUCGGACUCAGAAUCAACUACAACCAGGGACUCGACAUUUACAACUUUACCAUCAACCACAGACACUGGAACCAGAGGUAGCGAACAAACUGGACCAGCAACAUCGACUCCUACUCUUACUGGCUCAGAACAAGAUUCUUCAUCAUCAUUCAUCACGGAUCAGAACAAAAGAUGGGUUAUUCCGACUAUUACCAUUGGCGGACUGAUAGUUGUUGGUGCUGGAAUCUUCGCAUUUCUAUUUUUCUGCUGUGGUUUCUGUAGGAGAAGUGGCCGUGGGAGGUAUUCUAAGGCGCAUAACCCGUCGCUCGGCGGCAGCGCCCUUGCGGUCGGCGAAGCUAGUGCUGCGGCAGGUGUCUUGGGGAAACGGAAAAAGAAGCGAAUGUGGCUAUCCACUAUUCCAUUCUUUGGAGUUUCCAAGAGCAAUCGCAGCGAUGGAAGCGGGGAUACACUUGUUGGCGAUCCGUAUGAUUCACAGAACCCUUAUCAAUCCAGAAAUUCGAUGGUCGACACAGGUUAUUAUGGUGCCGGAGCCGGGUUGAUGGGAUUAGGUGGUGGUGGUGCCGGAGGGCCGGGAUAUGUGCCGUAUCAACAUGGUGCACCGUUGCCGCCUAUCGAUGAAGUACAGAGUAUUGCGGAAAGUACGGUUACCAGGGAUAGAGGAUUCGUUCAUACCAGGAGUCCACUUGCCGACGAAGAUGAGCCAUUCCAGUUUGGAUAUGCGGAACAACAGGGUGUUAGUACUUACAGUCCCGUGGGUAACGGUGGUAGGGAGAGUAUGAUUCUACCGCCUAUGCCGGUUCAUCAGGGAUUUGGGGAAGGACUUAUUGGCACGGCUCUUACGACUAGUGCUGCUGCUACCGCUGCUGAAAAUAGAAGCCGGAGGGAAAACGGAGAUAUGUCAAGUUUUUCGAAUCGCUAUGAAGAUUUAGAAUCAAGGAGGAUGGAUAGGAGGAUGUUUGAUCCGUUUGGAAACCCGAUGCCUAUGCCUAUGGAAGGAGCAGGGAUGGUUAUUCCUAGGAAGGAGAUACGGAGCACGCCGACCACACCCGUUGGAGAACAAGUUAGGAGUAUGACGGUUAGUCCACCGGCUAGCACUGUUAGCAUUGCUAGUAGUUCGGGCUUUGGCGGCGGGGGAGGUCCCUUAGCGGGUAGAGGGGGAAGCGGUGGGUUCUCGGGAUUCCCUAGAGCGCCGGCACCGGCGGGGAGUGGGUUAUUUACACAACAGCCUGGGAGGAGACCAGGAGAUUAUUAUGAAGACUAUAGAUGA